ACUACCAGGCUAUCACCUUUACCAUGGAUGCAGUUGAAGCCGAGACCAAAGCUCUACUUAUGGCAAUUGAAUGCAUGAGGAUUGAGGAGGAAAGAUAACUGACUGCCUUCAGUUAGUUGCAGCCAUGAAGGGCAGACUUGAUUUUAACAAUAAUAUUUUUGAUAUUUUCUAUGUGCUUGUAGUAGAAGUAUAUGUUUGUGGGAUAGACCAGCAAAGUAGCAAGAAUGGCAAAGGGGUCCACAAAUGGCUAUAAUAACAUUUGUAUUUUGGAAGAACUUCAACCACUCCCAGAUUGAAUGGAUACUACAUUUAGAAAUCCUCAACCACUAUAUGCAAAAUCAUGUGACAACAACUCACAACCCAAAGUUUCCCAUACAAUAUUACAAUGUCAAUGACUCGUUACUUUCAUCUUUAUGUGUCUGCCUAAUUUUCCAUAAUAUAUUGCAGAGUAGGUUGACGGUUGACCCCAAGUCAAGUCUACUAACCUCUAUAACGGUGUUCACUAGUUUCACUUUUGCAAUUGCUUCUGAAUUUUCACCUUUAGAAAAGAAGAAAAAUAAAACCUUCCUUUUGUUCUCUAGAUUCACUCCGUUACCCAAAAAAAAAAAAAAAAAAUUGUCCUUCAGCCAUUUGUUGUCAAGAUUCAGCAUUUACAUUAAAAAAAGUAUUCUCUAUUUCUCUUUUAUUUCUCAGUUUUUGUUCUUUAGAUUUGCUGCCCAGUUACUUAUUCAGUAAAUCAGUAUUUCAGUCAUUUGUUGUUAAGAUUUCCCAUUCUUCUUUUAGCUAAAAAAAAAAAAAAAGAUUUAGUCUUUGUUUUUCAGAUUUAGUUCUUUGGAUUCAGUUUUGAGUCAUAAAAGAAAAAAAAGGAAAAAAAAAGUCAUUUGUUGCUUAGAUUCAGCUCUUGAAAAAAGUUGAUAAGAUGGAAGCAGUGAAUACGUAUGCAAUUGUUCCAUUUAUCUCAAGUUUGAUCAAUGUUUUAGUUGAUCGACUAGUACCUGAGAAUAUUGGCGAAACCUUGAUGGGACAUGAUUCAACUGCUGACGAACUUUUGGAGCUGAAAUACUCAAUUAUGAAAGUCGAAAGGUUGAUGAUCGAUGCAGUGACGAAGCAGGUUAAUGACCAACAAGUGAAGAGCUGGAUCAACGAUGUGAAGCACACUCUCUAUGAUGCUGAGGAUGUCAUUGACGAGAUUCAUACUGAGGAGCUGCUGAGAAGCAAUGACUGUGGUGGAAAAAAAAAGAAAGCGCUUGACUCAAUAUCUUGAUCGAGUGUUUAGCAGCAGUCCUGCUACAACUGGCAGAGUGGCUGAUUCUAGGAUUCAGGGGAUUAGACAAAGAUUGGAAUUUUUUUAUGAAAAGAGAGAAGAUCUUGGUCUCACAUCUGGUCUGAACCCUCCUCCAGUUUCGUCUGCCUCGCAAACGCGUAUUUUGGUGGAUGAAUCAAAGAUAUAUGGGAGAGAUUCAGAAAGAGACGACAUCAUUCAGUAUUUGGAGGAUGGAGUGCCGCUUCCUGAUGACCUGCUUAAAGGCAAAAGGAUUGUCAACAGUGACAUCCGUGUAUUUGCUAUUUGCGGAAUGCGUGGGAUUGGUAAGACAACCCUUGCUCAACUUAUAUACAAUCAUCCUAGAGUAGAUGAGCUUUUUAAGUUCAAAUUAUGGAUCUGUGUCCAUGACAAGUUUGAUGUUACGAACAUUGCAAAAGCAAUGCUAGAGACAUGGGAUUCUCCCUUUGAUGUCUCGGAUAAUUUGCAGUAUUGUCAGAAUCAAUUGCGUGAGAGAGUACGCGGGAACAGUAUCCUGAUCGUGUUAGAUGACGUUUGGGAUGAGAACAUGGACAAUAGUUGGGAAACACUGAAGAUCCUAUUGAAUUGUUCUGCCACAGGCAGUGCUAUAAUUGUGACGACUCCCAAUGAGCAAAUUGCUAUGAGUUUUCACCCUUCCUGUACUCUUCGAUUACCCUGCCUUUCUGAUGAAGAUUGCUGGACGUUGUUCAGAUUGCAUGCAUUUGGUGAUCCAGAUGCAUCUCCAGACGACAAGUUGGAACCUAUUUGUCGAGAACUAGUUGCAAAAUGUGGCGGUUUGCCGCUUGCUGUAAAAGUUCUUGGGGGUCUUUUGAGGUCUUAUACGAAUAACGCGAGAAGGGAAAUCAUAGCAAGCAUAAGGCAGGAUAUGCUAGCUUCUUGCAAUAAAAUUCUUCCAGAAUUGUUGUUGAGCUAUAACUAUCUUCCUGCACAUUUGAAGAGGUGCUUUGCUUAUUGUUCUAUCUUCCCCAAGAAUUACAACUUCGACAAAGAAAAACUGGUCUUGAUGUGGAUGGCUCAAGGUUUUAUAGAAAAGGCAACAAAUGAUAAUAGAAGAAUGGAAGACAUUGGUAGCAUCUACUUCCACAAUUUAAUGGCACGAUCCUUCUUUCAAGUGUCAAGCUCCAAAAAGAAUCGCUUUGUCAUGCAUAAUUUGAUUCAUGACUUGGCUGUUUAUGUCAUGGGGGAAUUCGGUUUCAUGCUCGAGCCAAACAUUGCACACAUUGUCACAAAAACUCCUCGUCAUUUAUCAUUCAAGCGGAACAUGUGCGAAACUGCUGAAAUGUUUGAGCCCACUUUUUCUACAGACCGUCAACGUCUACGUACAUUCUUGCCAGUUGGAUCUUUCUCCAGCUGGUCCUCUUGUUACAUAUCUAGCAGCCUGUUACAUUCAUUGCUGAAGUUUGAUCACUUGCGUUCGCUGAGUUUGCCAGGCUACAAAUUUGACAGCUUACCGUCGUCUAUUGGCAGCCUAAAGUACUUGCGUUACUUGGAUUUCUCGUCCACUUUCAUAAAAGAACUGCCGGAGUCCAUCUGUGAAUUGUUAAAUCUACAGACACUUCUCUUAAAAGAUUGCAAACGACUAAGAAUAUUACCAGCGAUGAUGAGAAAUCUUAUUCACCUACGGCAUCUGAACAUUCAUGGUACAGACAUAAAAGAGAUGCCAGUUGAUAUAGGCAGAUUAAACUGCCUUCAGACUUUAACAGAUUUUGUGGCAAGUCAGAGUGGUGUAAGUAGCAUCAGAGAAUUAGGGGAACUAUCACAGCUGAGAGGAAGUCUGAGGAUAUCUGGACUUGAGAAUGUUGUUGCCGAGACAGAUGCUUUUGCAGCUAAUUUAAGGGAUAAAGUAUACCUUGAAGAGUUAGUUUUUGAGCAGCAGGAGAAGAACUCUGUUGGUCAGAGGCAGCAUGAACAAAUAAUGCAUGCGUUAAAGCCUCAUAUGAAUUUGGCAAGACUUACCAUUGAUUAUUACAGAGGGAAAAAAUUCCCAGAUUGGCUAGGUAAUGAGAUAUUCUGUAACUUGGAAGUCCUACACCUGAAACAUGGUAAAGAAUGUGUUGAAUUGCCAUCUUUAGGACAGCUGCCCGUACUUAAGCACCUCUCAAUCAUGAAUUUUGAUAAAUUGGAAACACUGGGUGCAGAAUUUUAUGGAGAACGUAGUGCAUUUUCAUCACCGUUCAAAUCAUUGUUGACUCUGAAGAUUGAACGGUUGCAUAAGUUGAAAAAAUUGUGCACAUUUGAAGGAAAUGCUAGUCCAUUUCCUUAUUUACGCGAGCUGUAUAUGAAAAGUUGUGGAGAGCUAGAGGGUGAUCUUCCUUUGGACCUCCCUUCUCUGGUGAAACUGACACUACAUUUUUGCCCAAAGCUUAUUGCAAUACUUCCUGAUGCACCAUUACUCCGUGAAUUGUGCCUUUUAGAGAUUGGUAGGGUAGAUAUAACAAGUCUUCGUCGUUUUAGCCAUCUUACCACCUUGAGCUUGUGUGAGGCUCUACAAGUCCAAGAUAUUAUCGGGCACUUGCCAUCUGUGAGGGAGCUGAGAAUAUUGGAAAAGUUCUGGGGGAGAAUGAAGGUGCAGCCUUGGCAUCUUCCUGCUUCAGUCAGAUCAUUGAGUGUCCGUUCUGGUGAACAAAUAAUAUUCGAUGAUGCCUCACAACUGCAUUAUUUGUAUUUACACAAAAUUUCUUCUCUACAAAUUCAAAGAGGCUCCUUCCCACUAUUACAUGCAGUGGAAUUCUGGGGAUGUGAUGUUCUAAGAAAGUUCCCAAUUGUUGUAGAAGGAGGUGACGUGGAUUUUACAUCUCUGUAUGACCUGCACAUAUCUAAUUGUGACCGUUUUGUUUCCUUUACAGCGGGAGGAUUCCUUGCUCCUAAUCUCACAACCUUAAACCUCAGUUGUUGUGGCAAUCUUAAGUCACCGCCCAACAAUAUGCCUACCAACUUCCCUUCUCUUCAAUUUCUCUCUUUCUCAGAUUGUCCAGAGCUUGAGUUAUCUCAUGACUAUGGUUUGCCUCCUCACCUGCAGACAUUGCAGAUAUUUAAAUGUAACAAACUCAUAACAUUGCCUGAAGCAAUUUCUAGUUGCGUGUAUCUGAAGCUGCUGAAAAUAGCUAGAUGUAGUGAAUUUGUGUCGUUUCCCGCAAGUGGUCUACCUGCUAACCUUGAAAGGUUGACUAUACGUGAUUGUAAGAAGCUUACAUCUUUGCCUGAUAGAGUCUGCAGCACCAUGAAUCACUUGGAAAUCAGCUUUUGUGAAAUGCUUGACUCAUCUCCUUUAGGUCGGUUGUUUCCUAGCUUAGAGUCGAUGAUAAUGUCCUACUGUCAGAAGCUCUGCCAAAAAUAUGCAGAUUGGCAGGUCGGUGGACUCGUUUCUCUUAAGAUUCUGAAAAUUGAAGGAAUUAAUGAUGUGGAGUCGUUUCCACCAGAUGGUUUCCUGCCCACCACACUCAACUUCCUUCAAUUUCGUACUUUUGAGAGACUAAGGUCAAUCAAUUGUAAGGAGCUUCAACGUGUAAUCAACCUCCGCGAAUUUGAGAUCGAGGAAUGCAGGGAGCUUAUUCUGUUCUCUGACGACUUACCCCAGUCUCUUUGUCGUCUAUCCAUUCAAUUAUGUGAUAGGAUGAAGAAAAGGUGUCUUAGACCCGAUGGAUAUUAUGUAGACAAGAUCUCUCAUAUUACAUGCGUUGAAUUGAUAGAUCACCCUGUAAUAGAGACAUAUAGUAGUAGUUUUAUUCCUCGUCAAAACAAAAAAAAAGAAUAGAGUGGUAAGACUUGGUAGUUUUCUCAUUUCUGGGCAGGUCUUUGUGGAAUCCACUGAUUUUCCUUUUCUUUUUUGCGUUUUUUUGAUAUUUUUGAAGAAACUAGUAAUUAUUACUACCAUUCUUCAUUCUGUAAGAGAGUUAUAGAUUGGGUUCAAUUCAAUGAAUGAUUAACAACAUUCAGGUAACAAUCUCAAACCAUGUUUAUUGUUUGGUUAACGU